CUGCCUUCAUACACAGGUUUUUCUAAAAUAGAAGAUGUAGCUCUAGAUACAGAAGACCUAGGUUCACUAACUUACCCUGUCAUAAACUACUGACUUUAAGGCAAAUAUUUUUAUUUAGUGUGUGAGCCAGAUUUUCUUGUCAUAUUAUUUGUCCUAGUAUUUAAAUAUAAAGACUACUCUGAAUCUAUUGUUUCAUAUGAGGUAAAUUUGAUACUUCAUUCAAUUAAUGUAUUCAUUGAGAGCCUUCCACGCGUAAGACUGUGAACAAAGUAACUAUUAUGUAUUAAAUUGAAUAAACAAGAUAGUAUCCCAAAUUUAUUAUAUUAGGGGAAAUAGGGUAUAUAAAUAAUUAACCUCUGUUGCAGCACAGAUGAUGACCUGUUACAUAAGAUACAACCAAAAGAAUCUGGGAGCGUAGUGAGGAAGGACUUACCUUCCCCUUGGGGGUAGGAUGGGAGCCAGGAAAGGCUUUGAGGAAGACACCUGUUUGAGGUGUGUCCUGCAGGGUGGGCAGGGCUUGCGUAAGCAGAGACAUACAGGGAAAUGACAAAUGAACCAGCGUGGACAAAUUCAUACAGGAGAGAGCCUGCAGAGUACAUCUGAUGAAUACAACAUGUUGAGUUAGACUGGGGAUGGAAAGGAAGUCCUCAAAUAUGGAGUUAGUUAGAAAAGUAGUUUAGAGACAAAUUAUAUAACCCCUUCCUGGGGUCUUUGGAGUUCAUCCUGUGAGCCGUGAGUCCCCCACUGGGAAUUUUUAAAGAGGCUGUAGCAUAUUUACCCUGGUUACAGUGCACCUUCUUGACCAGAUCCGGGAGAGCCUGCAGGUGAUUGCCAGACCGUUUAGUACCCUGCCACCCAACAUGGUAACCAUGAGCUACGUAGGUAUUAAAAUUGAAUAAAAUUAAAAAUUCAGUUUUUGGCUGCACCAACCACCUAUCAAGUGCUCAGUAGCUCCAAGUGGCUAGUGGCUACCAUUUUGGACAGUGCAAAUAUAGGAUAUUUCCACCACCACAGAAAGUUCUCUUCGAGGUUGCUAGAAAACUAUAGUGCAGUUUGGAUCAGACUCAGAGAACUAGCUUGAGCCAGAGAAUGAGCAUGAGUAUGACAAUAGAAAAUUGACAUGAUAAACAUCAUAAGCUGUCCUGAGAUCUUAUACAUGAGUCAUAGGAAGAAUAAUGACCCCCUUGUCAAGAAAAUUUGAUUGAGGAUGCUGGAGAAUGAGUUAUAUUUUGGACCAGUGAGUUUCGGGCAGGCUAUCAAAAAGUUUUGUCUUAUAGCUCAGUGGGCAGUCUAGAGCUGGAAAAAGAGAUUCCAAAGUGUCUUAACUAGAGGUGAGAGUUGAAGCCCAAAGAGUGAUAUGAUCUCAGAGGCAGAGAGAAAAAAAAAAAAAAAAAGGCAUGAUACUAGACCCAGGUGGGGCAAGAGCAUUCUCCAGAGCAAGAUCAUUUCCAGUCUUUUCCUGCAUCUGUAUAACCUUGAGGCUUACUUUCCAUUAGAUUUAGCCAAGAUGGCCUCUGCUCUGCCUUCGCACCACACAAACAGACUCUGAUUUGUAGCUGUCCACUUAAUAGACACACACACACACACACACACACACGUAUGGGCACCGGGCUCUUCACUGAAUAUGCCAUUUGCUCUGUAGAUGACAGCUCUAUCUAAAACAAAGAAGAAAAGUCCUACUUUUGGGUACAGAGAAAUUUACAAAGAAAGUGUACUCAAAAGUGUGAUUUCUAUAACUAUUAAAAAGCAGAGAGAGGAAGAUAGCUCAGUGUUAAAAAGAAAUGAAAUUGUGGUAGAUGCUACAAUAUGGAAAAACCUUGAAAACAUUUUUGCUAAAUUAGAUAAGCUAGACACAAAAGGACAAACAUUGUAUAAUUCCCGUUACGUGAAACACCUAGACUAGUCAAAUUCGUAGAGAUAGAAAAGUAGAAUAAUAGUUACCAGGGGCUGGAGGAGGGAACAAUGGAGAGUUACUAUUUAAAGAUGUAGGAUUUCUGGAUGCCUGGGUGGCUCAGUAGUUGAACGUCUGCCUUCGGCUCAGGUCGUGAUCCUGGGGUCCUUCUUCUCCCUCUGCCUAUGUCUCUGCCUCUCUCUGUGUGUCUCUCGUGAAUGAAAGAAUAAAAUCUUUAAAAAAAAAAAAAAGGUGUAGGAUUUCAGUUUGGAAUGAUAAAAAAUUCAAGAGGGAUGGAACUGAUGGUUGUACAACAAUACUAGUGGCUUUAUGUUGCUAAAUUGUGUACUUAAAAAUGGUUAAGAUGUUAAUUUCUAUAUUAUGUAUAUUUUACCACAAUUUUUUUAAUGUAAAGAGAAUCUAUGUUGAAUACAAAUAUUUUGGAGCACCUUCAGUAAGCUGGUUAGGAUGUGUGUGUGCAUUCAGGACUAACUAUAUCCCCUGGUCUUGAUCAAUCCACUUAGGACUCAUUGGUUCUUUAUCCUUCUGCAUAGUGGCCAUGCACUUGAACACUUGCAGAGCACAGGCACUAAAACAAGUGAUGAAGGUCAGUCUUUAGGAGAAUCUGGACCACGCUAAAGGCAAUGAAAAAAUAUCAGACACCAAGCACUCUCCUAAUAAGGUGACCAUAAAGGCAGUAUUCCUCACAAUUUUCCACUCCCUUCCAUUUGGAAAAAAAAACACACAACAAACCAGAUCUGUACCUGAAUUAUGCAAUGGAUGGAAGCCUGAGUCUUGGAGUCAGCAUGUUUUGUACCAACAGUGAGGAUAUAGGAUAAGUCAAGGUACAGUACUAAAAACCUGACUUGCCCCAGGCUUGACACACAUGCUACACUGUGCAAAUCUGACUUCGUGCAUGACGAAGCAGAAGUUAGCCAUGCAAUGUUAACAUACUCUUUUCUCAGAGGGAGGAAUUGUUAAAGCUAAACAUGGUGCAAUAAACUUGACUCUUCUGAGAGUCAUAAGUCUUCCCAGCUACAUUUCUGCAAGAAUAAAUCCAACCUGCUAUCCCCCAGAGUGGCUCAUACAGUCGCUAGUGGUGACACAUAUUUUGCAUAAUUAGUAGUAGUCUCUGGGCCUGUAGCUUUUCUCAAGGCUGGGACAUACCUAACUGGUGACUGCUUUUGAUUUACUAACAAAUGAGAUCACCUAGAGUGUAGUCAUGCUUUGUAGAAUGGGUUGAUCUCAGAUCAGUUAGGUUCUAUGAUUCCUCAAAGGAUAUUAAAAGAAAAGGCCUGAGCACCCAGUUAAACAUUGUGACCUUAACUAGCCCUUGCUGAGGGUAACCUGUUCUGUCCCAAUGCCCUUGUAUGGUUCUGUGCUUGUGGCAGCAGAAGCUGAGGUGUCUUCUUGGACUUGAUUAUAUGAUGUUGUUUUGAGUUUCCUGUUUUCUGGGUUAGUAUGCCAUUUCACAGGGGUGUGCCAGAUUGAAUAUGAAGUGAACAAAAGUGUUUUUCUAUCUUUCCUACUUUAUUAAAUUCUUUAAGGCUUUCAUGGCAGUGAAGGAUGCUUUGAUCCCACAAUUCGUGUCAGAUUGCCACUUUGAAGCUUUCACAAGGCCCCAUAUCCAGCUAUUCUCAUGAUGGGGAAAGAUUAAAGAAACUUUUUCUCCCAAGACCCCUUUCCCAAAUUGAUUUGCUUUUUUUUUUUUUUUUGACAUAGAAAUAGAAAUAUAGUUGGUGUUUAAGGAGCUCCAGCUGGAGUUGGAAUUAACAUCUGGAUUCUUUUAGAUAUAUAGAUAGACAAAUGUUUUUGUACUUGGAUUCCAUUAUGCAGCAGAGCAGUGCUUCCAGGAAAGCCCAGAUACAUCAGCAAAUCCACAUCUGCUCUGGGUCCUAUCAGUGUAAAACAGUAUGGUCAGAUCCCAACUUGAGAGCUCAGCGAUGGAACACAUGGCUUCAGAGAAAGACCAUGAGAUCAGUGCAGUUAAUUAUCUAACUAUCCAAACCUCGCACUUUGGAACAGACAAGGUGACCCGCAUCAACAUACCUGGAUGGAAAUCAGAUGGAAAGUGGCAGCAAGACAUGUGCCAUGCGUUACUACAAGUAGAAGAUGUGAACUGCAUUAACAUAGACUGGAUUAACGGUUCCCUGGAGUACAUCCAUGCUGUAAACAAUCUCCGAGUUGUUGGUGCUGAGGUGGCAUAUUUUAUUGAUGUUCUCACGAAAAAAUUUGGAUAUUCUCCUUCUAAAGUUCACUUGAUUGGCCACAGCGUGGGAGCACAUCUGGCUGGGGAAGCUGGGUCAAGGGUACCAGGCCUUGGAAGAAUAACUGGAUUGGACCCAGCCGGGCCAUAUUUCCAUAAUACUCCAAAUGAAGUUAGGCUGGACCCCUCGGAUGCCAACUUUGUUGAUGUUAUUCAUACAAAUGCAGUUCGAUUGCUCUUUGAGUUUGGUGCCGGAACUAUUAAUGCUUGUGGUCACCUUGACUUUUACCCGAACGGAGGGAAGCACAUGCCAGGAUGUGAAGACUUAAUUACACCUUUAUUUAGCUUUGAUUUCAGUGCUUACAAGGAAGAGGUGGUUUCCUUCUUUGAGUGCAACCAUGCCCGAAGUCAUCGCUUUUAUACUGAGAGCAUUCUUAAUCCUGAUGCAUUUAUUGCUUAUCCUUGUAGAUCCUACAAAUCGUUUAAAGUGGGAAAUUGCUUCCAUUGUCCCAAAGAAGGUUGCCCAACAAUGGGUCAUUUUGCUGAUAGAUUUCACCUCAAAAAUAUGCAACCUAAUAGAUCAUAUUAUUUUUUAAACACAGGGACUCUUUCCCCGUUUGCCCGUUGGAGGCACAAAUUAUCUGUCAAACUUGAUGGGAACAAUGUCACUCAGGGGAGCAUAUUUCUCCGUGUAGGUGGAACAGCUGGCAAGAUGGAAGAGUUCGUGAUGGCCAGUGGAACACUUAAGCCAGGCAUGACUUAUACGAAAUUAAUUGAUGUAGACGUUAAUGUUGGAAAUGUCACAAAUAUGGAGUUCAUUUGGAAGGAACAUUUGUUUGGACGUUCUCAGAAUAAGUUGGGAGCAGAAGUGGUGACAGAUAUAUCUGGAAAAUACGGAUACGAAUCUACCUUCUGUAGCCAGGACAUUAUGGGACCCAAUAUUGCCCAGAUCCUGAAUCCAUGCUAAUCUCAGAUACAGUCUUGAUGGAUUUGUUUAAUGGGAGCAAUGAAAGAAAGAAUUUCCUUCUAGUUGGUAUCUGAACCACACUUGGCCUUGGUGAAUGAAAUAGAAAAAUACAGUUGUUACUGUUUUCUAUAUAGAAUGUUUUCCUCAUUGAUAAACUUUGUAAGUGCCUUGAAAACAGACUGAGUCCUAGAACAGGGUACAGUAUGGUAACUGUUAGAAUCUGGAUAUCGGUGACAAAAUAAAGCCUUGUUGGAAUUUUCCUGAAUGAGAGGAGCGUGCCUGAAUGCGCCAAAGCGUGAUGGUAUAAACUCACUGCGCAAAAGUUGGACUCUGUCUGGUUGAGUACUUGAAGUACAUAUUGAAUAUCUCCAGGUAGCAUAAUCAUCAUCCUGAAGUGAUUUAAAAAAUAUUUAUUAUGUUGUUAAAUCCUGCUAAGACCAAUCAUGGCUCCCGUUCAUGCUAUGUAGGUGAUGAUAACCCUGUGGGUUGAUAUGUCUAUGUAUUAAUAAUGAAAACCGAUGAGUGUACUUUCGUAUUUCCAAGAUGCUCCUUGGUCUUCAGAUAUGUGUGAAGGGGGGCUUAUCUGUGACUGUCCAACAGUUAGCAAAAGGCCCUGAGGAUCAUCAGCCCCCUUCUCUAGAAGCACCCCUGCCUUGAGAGAAUUACUCCUCUCUGGGCCUUGAAAGCCCCAUUACAAAUUUGCAUUUUGCCUAAAGGCACUGUCUCAUUUGUAAAGCACUUGACUAUCUCUUUGUGUUUGCAGUAGUAGUACUGUAAUAUUUAAGUAUGUCAAUUUUUUAAAACCUUGCUUCAAUUUUUUUUGUAAUCCAGUUGUCCUUAUCCAGUUCAAAUCAAAGAUGACUGUUUUUAUUUGCUCUAUUUUCUAAUGGGUUUAGUGUUUAGCCCACAACACUGCACUAUAAAUGUUGAAAAGAAAUGAAGACAGAUCCUUUGCAGAAGUUUUCUUGAUUCUCCUUGGUGCCCUGCUGCCAAAUGAACCUCAAGAAGAGGCCCCUGGGUGUUCUUGAGCUUGUGUUGGGGCAGAAAUCGGAGAUCCAAGUGGCAUGGCUCUUUCACAUUUGAGGAUGAGAUUCAACGGAAGGAGGAAAGGAGAUGUGGACAUAUCUUGGCAUGAUCUGGCUGAUUGUCUGCUGUCUGGUAGGCCUGUCCACCCUGGGCCUCGGCCCGCCCAGGAGCAGGGGUCCCAUGAGCAGCCCUGUGGGAGGGUCUGAGGCCUCCUGAGUGACAGUGUGGCAGCCCCAGUUCCUCAGCAACCUGGUGGUGGAGUCGGCCCCAGGCCUCCGGGGUCGGGAAACUUUCCUGUGCAGGCAACUGUCCUGACCCUGCACUGUUCUCUGCUCGGCCUUUCUGGAUUUUUUUGGAAAAGGGCUUGGCCACCAGCGGGAAGAAUUAUGGAUCAAGAAGCAGCAUUAGGCUCUGUGAGUCCUGGCCUGCCUCCUUGCCCAAGAGGCCUCUUGGCUGGCUCUUUCUAAGCUUGAAAAAGACAAAUGAGAGUCAAUUAACUUCUGGAAACCUAUUUUAAUAAAACACAAACUUUCUGUUCCAUAGAUCUUAC